UUUUUUCCACACAAGUAGGGUAACUCUGUUCUCAAAGUUCGCGCUUUUUCGGAAACGACUCCACUGGAUUUUGAGGACACUUUUUAAAUUGCCUCAAAGAGAGGAGUGAACUAUCUUGUUAUGUACGAUAUUUGGCGACAUGAAGGCCUCGAUGCACUGCUGGCGAUAUACAGGAGUCGAUACACUGCUGGUGGUAGUAUGCAAGAAUCGAUACAUUGGUGCUCACGAUACACAGUGAGAAAAAGAACAAAGUAGUCGGUCAUAGAACUCUAAGAUCGCUGGUCCUGUUACAAUUCUGGUUUUUUUGCCGAGUCACCAAAAUACCACUUUAGUUUUGUUUUGUUUAUGGCUACACUCUACAAAAUCUUCUUGUCAUCGAAUGAGUGGGCCUAUAUAUAUAUAUAUAUAGCGGCUGUGUGUGUGUCCAUAUGUGAUAACCCUGCCAGCCAAAGCAGAAUCUGCUAACUUUGUUCUUACAACCUCGGAAAAGACUACAACGACUUCCAGAAUGGUGAGCUACAGACUCCUGUACUUUGACCAGACGGGUAGAGGAGAGAUCCUGCGCUUUCUCUUCGCCCUGGGCGGCCAAAAGUAUGAAGACGUGAUUAUCUCACAGGAGAGCUGGCCAAAGUUCAAGCAAACGGUCCCGUUCGGUGUUCUGCCAGUGUUGGAGAUAGACGGAAAACGCUACUCCCAGAGUGUCGCCCUGGCCGUCUAUCUCGCCAAACAGUUCG